AUGGAGAAUGCCAACGACGAGUACCCCGCCAACCUAGUUUCGGUGCAUACCAACACGUCGUGUACCAUUCCUUCGACCAUCUCGGGCCAGUCGGGCACCGUCGCGUAUUCAAACUGCUCGGCCUUCGUGCCGUCGAACCCAGGCUGUCGAGUCGAGACCAACGGCACGUCGACCCCUACCUGGGGACGCGCAUUGAACCGCGCCGGCGGCGGGCUCAUUGCCAUGGAGCGCUCCUUCGGCACCACAGGCAAGGGCGUGCGCGUCUGGUACUUCCCCAACAACAAGCCGUCCUCGAUCCCCUCGGACCUCUCCGCCUCGAGCACCGCCGUAAGCACUGAUACCUGGCCCACCCCCAACGCCUACCUCCCCAUCUCGUCGUGCUACGCCGACUUUGCCCCGCACAAGAUCAUCUUCGACAUCACCCUCUGCGGAGACUGGGCGGGCAACACAUACAACCAGAGCGGCUGCAACGCCCAGUACCCCGCCUGCAGCUACCAGGUCGGCUACAACGGCUCGAGCUUCAACCAGUCCUACUGGUCCGUUGAGUCGCUGCGCCUGUACACCAACGGUGGUGGCUCCGCUAACGCUGCCGUCUCGCCGCAGAGUGCUAGCUCACAGCAGAGCACGAAGAGCGCCCAGAGCGCCCAGAGCGCAAAGUCGGCCGCGGUCAAGAUGGCGGUGAUGAGGCCCGCAACGCUGGUUGCUGCUGCUGCGACCGCUGUGGCGGCGGUGCUGGCUUCAGUUGCGUUUGCCACUGUGCUCUAG